CUCCCUAAACGCAACAACAACACAACUUCCGGCCGAUCCUCACUGAAGAGAAACAGAUAGCGUUUUCUGAUCAGAGAUCCUCGUAGGUGAAGUUAUUAAGAGAGUAGGUGUAAUGGAGCAUUAGAGAUUAGUGUCACGGUACGUCUAAGCGGCAUUUGUUUUCAUACUGUGGAUAAAUCAUUGCACUGCGGAUUGUGUCUUCCAGAAGGUUGAGUAUGAGCGAGGGCGAGGUGUUUCAUGAGAAACAGAGAUUGGAGCUGUGCGCCAUCCAUGCCUUGAACAACGUGCUUCAGGAGAGAGUUUUUACCAAGGAGACAGCGGAUGACAUCUGCAAGAGACUUGCCCCACAAUGUGUGAUGAAUCCACACCGCUCAGUGUUGGGCACGGGAAACUAUGAUGUCAAUGUCAUCAUGGCAGCUUUGCAGAGUCGGGGGCUCGCUGCUGUUUGGUGGGACAAACGCAGGUCAGUACAGAAUUUGUGCCUGGACAAAAUUCAGGGCUUCAUUUUGAAUGUCCCAUCAAGGGUGUCACUGGGAAUUGUGUCUCUCCCACUGAGACGCAGACACUGGUUGGCGGUACGGGAAGUCAACGGACAGUUUUACAACCUAGACUCGAAAUUAAAAGGGCCUGCCUGUAUUGGCGGAGAAACAGAUCUCAGGUCAUUUCUCACUGAGCAGCUUUCUCAGGAUGUUGCAGAAAUGCUCCUUGUCGUCCAAAAGGAAGUAGACGACGACGGCUCGUGGCUGAAACCAGACGACACCAGGAAGUGAUGAAACUGAACAUUCUCUCUCUCUUUCUCUCUCACUGUGGAGUAAUGGUGGAGAAAAGAGAAACACUGGAGCACCGAACAGCUUUACGGAGAGCAGCACUACAGGAAGAUGCUCAAGAUUCAUCCACAGACACUCACACACAGGGAAGUCCGAGAGAAUGAUCUAGUGUUGCCUCAUAUGAAGGAACUGUUUUUCUUAAGUCACACUGGCUGUGUGCUUGUGGGAGACACUACUCUAGUUGUGCCAGCCUCGUCACUCUCCUCUUUUCUCUUUUUCUCUCCUCUCUCCUCUCAGGAACUACCAUCUCUCACUUUAUCUUUAUCUAUGCACUCCACUGCUGAAGUAGAUCAAAGAUUUGUGUGUCUUUGUUACAACUAUGCACAGAAAUGGUACUUUAGAGUUCAAGUAUGUAUCGUUCAUUGCCUUUUAGACGUCAGUGUACAUUUUACUAUGCAUAAACAAAGGAGAUAAGAGAUUGUAGCUCUAUCUCACACUCACGACCUUUACUCUUUCAAAGCUCUUUUGCAAACUGCCUCAUUUACGUAAACUCCAAAUGGAGGGAAACUGAAUAAAUUCGAUUUGUGUUAUUUAUUUGAAUUUCUAUUUGGACUGUUUUACUCAUGCAGUGCUUGUGAAAGAGCUGUUUGAAAUCAAAUCGAACAGUGUUUUGUUUUGUCUAAGCUGUUGCUUUUGUCUGUUUACUAAUGUUUGUUGAUUAAUGUUUGUUCUGUUGUCAGAGCUGAAUUUUAAUAUCAUAUAAAUGAUAUUUAAUCAAGUCAAUAAAUCAGUCAAUUGAAUUUACAAAAAGGAUCAUGUCAAAUGCAAAGCUGGGUCUGAAUGUAAUCAUGGCUUUGGGCAUCUUAUAUCUGUAAUUUAACAUUUAAUUUUUUUUUUUCUGGUCCUAAUUAUGAUUUAAGUGCCCCUGUAGACAUUAUACUGCAUUAUAGCUGUCAGAUACAUAUUGUUAUAAAUGUUUUAGUAAAGUAAAAAUAAAUUAAAAACAGA